UAGUUUUGUUUACUCCCAUCACAGAUCGAGAUCUCUCAAACCAAAACCAAAGUGAUUCGUCGUCGGAGGCAAAAGAAACUUUCUCCGAUUCGAACUCCACCGGAACUUCCUCUUUCUUUGCCGGAAUCAUCACCCCAAGCCGAAGAUCUACCAUCGGAAACCUCUACUCCUCGAGCCAAAGUCGAAGUAAUUUCUCUAAUUUUCCCUUGUGCAACAUCAAAAUUGAUUUCUAAGAAGAAUGAGAUUCAGAGUUUAACCUCGGAACACAUCAACAAAGUUCCUCCUCAUAUCUUAACAAGCCCUUCUUCUUUCCAAGUGCUAAGAGGUCAAGAAAGUUUCAGCCUGUAGACAGAUUCUUCUCAUUGUCCUCAGUUACAUCACCAACUUUGACAAAUUCGAUCUUGUUCUUUUUGGACGAUUAGAGAGAUGCAGGCAUCAAGAGCGAGACUCUUUAAAGAAUACAAAGAGGUUCAGCGAGAGAAAGUAGCUGAUCCAGAUAUUCAAUUGGUGUGUGAUGAUACCAACAUAUUCAAAUGGACCGCUCUUAUCAAGGGACCGUCGGAGACUCCUUAUGAAGGCGGUGUUUUUCAGCUUGCUUUUGCUGUUCCUGAACCAUAUCCUUUGCAACCUCCUCAAGUGCGAUUCUUGACCAAAAUAUUUCAUCCAAAUGUGCAUUUCAAGACAGGGGAAAUUUGCCUCGACAUAUUGAAGAAUGCGUGGAGUCCCGCUUGGACGCUUCAGUCCGUGUGUAGAGCUAUCAUAGCAUUGAUGGCUCAUCCUGAGCCGGACAGUCCUCUUAACUGCGACUCAGGGAAUCUUCUAAGAUCUGGGGAUGUGAGAGGGUUCAAUUCAAUGGCACGCAUGUACACGCGCCUCGCCGCAAUGCCAAAGAAAGGAUGAUGAUCCUCUUGCUUUUUUCUUUGAAUUUGUAAUGAUAAUGAUUUGCGAGAGUGAAUACAUUAUUAAGUUUCACAUGUGUAAGGUUUACAAGGAGAUGAUUCUUCUUAUUAGUUCACAAUUUUACCAAUA